AACGAAUUUAAAACCUGCCGCUGCCAACCUUUGUUGUUAAAUAUCAUGCUUGUGUUAUUUCUGAUAGUUAUUUGUAGCUCUUGAAUAAAUUACCAACUGUUCACGGUUGGUUUUACAUCCACAUAUUCUUUCGAAACAAGUACCUAGUCAAAUUUUUCAACGAUGCAGACUGAUAAAAAGAAGGCCGAGAUCCCGCCUACCAUGAAGUUUAUUUUAGGCGGAACUUCUGGGAUGUGUGCUUCUGUUUGCGUUCAACCUUUGGACCUGGUGAAAAAUCGAAUGCAAAUGAGCGGUAUUGGAAGUGCUACCUCUGGUCAACGUAACAGCCUUCAAGUACUUCUAUCAGUUAUUAAAAAUGAAGGAUUUUUCGCAAUAUACUCAGGUUUAUCAGCAGGAUUACUUCGUCAAGCCACCUAUUCAACUGCUCGUUUAGGCAUCUAUACAAAUUUAUUUGAACAAUAUACAAAGCGUAAAAAAGAAUCUCCAAAUUUCUUCACAAAAAUAAGUAUAGCUGUAACUGCUGGAAUAUGCGGUGCAUUUAUUGGGACACCAGCUGAAAUUUGUCUCAUUCGUAUGACAUCGGAUGGCAGAUUGCCACCAGCAGAACGUCUCAAUUAUUCCAAUGUAUUCAAUGCUCUAAUAAGAAUCGCACGUGAAGAAGGCGUGUUAACAUUAUGGCGGGGUGCAGUUCCAACUAUGGGUCGAGCAGCUGUAGUUAACGGUGCACAAUUAGCUACUUACUCUCAAGCCAAACAAAAACUUCUUGAAAUUGGUCAUUUCACUGAUGGUUUAGGUGUACAUAUAAUGGCUAGUUUAUUAAGUGGUUUCACUACAUCCGUUUUCUCUUUACCUAUUGAUAUUGCUAAGACUCGAAUUCAAAAUAUGAAAACUAUUAAUGGUAAACCAGAAUAUAAAAAUAUGGGGGAUGUGAUUUUACGUGUAAUACGCAAUGAAGGUAUACCAUCAUUAUGGAAAGGUUUUACACCAUAUUUCUUACGUAUUGGACCGCAUACAGUAUUAACAUUUAUCUUUUUAGAACAAUUAAAUCGUUUAUAUAUUAAACAUAUUCUAGGUGAUACAAGUGGUCAACGUGCCGGUGGUCUGUAAGCUGCUACAUCAACUAACUGGUCAUUAUGUUUUGUUGAAUUUUUAUUUUCUCUCCCUUCUUUUUUUUUUUUAUUAUUAUCAAAUUUUAAUUGAAACAAAAAUGAAUUCAAUCGUGUUCUUCUCCUCCUCCUCCUCCUCCUCCUCCUUCAGUAGUAGUAAUUAAUGAUAAUAAUGCUAAUAAAGUAGUCAACAAACAACAUUCCUUCAUUGUUGUAUGAUUUUUUUUAAUGCGCCAUUUGUAACUGUGUAUGUACUUUACUUACUUACUUAAUUACUUACUUACUUACUAACU